UGUACGCCCACGGGAACUGCACUGUGCUCUGUACAUGGCCACAAUAUUCAAGACUGUACCCGCUUUAUCUCUACUCUUUCCCUAAAAACCUAAUAAAGGUUUUUGCAUUGGCACUGCUGAUGUCCAAGUACAAACUCUUCUUGUUGAGGCAUGGAGAAGGCGCCUGGAACAAAGAGAACCGCUUCUGCAGUUGGGUUGACCAGAAACUGAGUGAGAAUGGGGUCACAGAGGCCCAGGACUGUGGCAGACUGUUAAAGGAACAGGGGUACAAGUUUGACAUUGUGUUCACGUCCAUACUCAGUCGCUCCAUUCAAACAGCAUGGCUCGUUUUGGAGGCGAUGGGCUUGGAGUGGAUCCCGGUGGUCAAGUCAUGGAGACUUAAUGAAAGGCACUACGGUUCCCUGAUCGGUCUAAACAGAGCAGAAAUGGCUUUGCAACAUGGAGACGAGAAAGUCAAGCUUUGGAGAAGGAGUUACGAUAUCACGCCACCACCCAUUGAUGAAUCUCACCCAUAUUAUCAUGAAAUCUACAAUGAUCGCAGGUACAACACCUGUGAUGUGGCCAAAAAUAAUCUACCCCGAGCUGAGAGUCUGAAGGAAGUGCUGGACAGACUGCUGCCAUACUGGGACAAUACAAUAGUUCCAGAAAUUAGAAAAGACCACACAGUGCUCAUAUCUGCUCAUGGAAACAGCUGCAGGGCCCUUCUGAAACACCUAGAAGGUAUAUCAGAUGAGGAGAUUGUCAAUGUUACUUUACCAACUGGAAUCCCUGUGCUGCUGGAGCUGGAUGAAAACCUGAAGCCAGUCAAACCUCGUCAGCUUCUGGGUGACCAAGCCAAGAUCCAAGCAGCUAUUAAAAAGGUGGAAGACCAGGGCAAAGCUAAACCAUCAACUUGAAUUACAAUGUUACUAUAUUAGCUAUCUAAAAAAUAAAGACGAAAGGGAAAAUAUUGAAUAAGAACAGAGCUGUUAUUGCGGUUACUGUAAAGGAUGCCAUGUUACUGUGAGUUUGUAGUUUGUGUUGUUAGGCCCUGAUCUGUUUCAGGACUGAGGCAGGGAAAUAUUUGAUAACUAUGUCCAGGUGUGUUAUGUAUAAGUGAAGCUUCACAAAUUAAUCUUUUAUUUUACAUCCACUCAUUUCAGAUUUGUGCCUUUUUGUUUCUGGUUUACAAUAAGAAGGGUUUUGCUAUGUAAGUGGCCAGAGUAUUUAGUAUUUAGUAGUUUGCACUGUUUUUCAUUUUAAAAACUUAAAAUUUCUAUUUAUAGAUCAUAAAAUAUUUUAAGAAAUGUAUAGUCCCCAUUUUAUUUAUUAUUUUCCCCUUCUAUUAGCAUGGUGCUGUUACCUAGCUAAUAUAAACUACUACUGCAUAAGGUUACUUGAAUUGAUGGUACUGUAUGUUGUUGUCCUUGUCUACUACUGAUCACUGCUGUUUUCUAAAUGUAUUUUGUUUUUAGAUUGUGAAUCCUUGUUGUUGUUUAUUUUUCUCAUACGGUUCCAUUGGCAGUGAAAACAAUGCACAAUGUGAAGCACUUGGUUUUCACUGAUUUCAUAAAAGCCGCAUAGUGAGAUUAGUAUAUGUUCCCACUUUUUGAUAGUUGUAUUUUGCAAUGAAUAGCGAGCAGUGUGUGCCCCGUGUUACUACUACUUUUCUCAAUGAUCACUCCACAUUUUGUUGUUUAUUUACUUCAUACUGCCAUAGUUGUUACUGCCAUAGUUGUUACAUACUUUGUUAGGAUUGUAGGAGCUCAAAGUGAAAGACAUGGCCAAGUGAAAUAUGUCUUCCCGCAGCCUGAACCAUUCACUCAAAUAAAUUAUAAUUUUACAAAAACUGUGCAGCUUCUUUGCUAUUCUUAAAGCUGCAAGACACAUGAAGGGGUAUCAAA